UUUCCCCCUUUUUCUCAUGUAUAAAUUAGCAGCCUUUGACACCUCUCAUAUUACACACAAAUCAAAAGGUCCAAUUUUUCUCUCUUUGACUUUCUAAUAUCACCAUUUUUUUCUUCAAAAACCUCACAAAUUUCUUCAUCAUGUCUCAGACUGUUGUUCUCAAGGUUGGCAUGUCAUGCGAAGGCUGUGUUGGGGCUGUCAAAAGAGUUUUGGGGAAAAUGGAAGGUGUAGAAACUUUUGACAUUGAUCUGAAGGAGCAAAAAGUAACUGUGAAGGGCAAUGUUCAGCCAGACGCUGUUCUCCAAACUGUUUCAAAGACCGGAAAGCCAACAUCUUUCUGGGAAGCAGGUGAAUCGGCUCAAACAGAAGCUGUUAGUACAGCUUGAUGAUGUCUAAUGGCCUGGAAUUGUAUGUUAAGGCUUGAGCUUUAUAUGACUUUAUCAAGAAUUCCUCUGUGUAACAGUUCAAAUCUAAAUUCCAAUAAGUUCUUGAUCA